CGACAGCUCGGCCUGAGACCUACCUGCCGAAGCUUCGUUGAACGCAGGAUGAGUUGUAUCACCGCAUCCAUCGCCAAGAGAGCGCGGGCUACCGAAGUUCGGCGAACCCACAAGGGCCUCGGACCGAGAAGAGCGACAAGUCUUGAAUAGCCAUCAGACCUGAAUCAUCUAGACUUUACCUCUAUAGAGUGAUAGAAAGGCCUCGCCAUGACUCCUCCAAGCGCUUCUAAUACCAAAGCCCGCGACAGAGCCAGGAUUGUCUGUAACCACUGUCACGCCCGGAAGGUACGAUGCGAUCUCCAAAAGCAGGAAAGCGGCGUAUGUAGCAACUGUGAAAGACGUGGUCAACAUUGCCAACGCCACAAUGAAAAGGCUUCUCGUGCGGCACAGAACCGGGCCCUCCCACCGGUAACUGCAAGCCCCGUGUCUGUAGCCUCAAAUCCACUGAAUAUCGUUAAUGAAGCCCUUUGUACUGGACACCCUGGAGUGGUCACCUCAGGCCGGCUCCACAGUGCCUCUCAUCAAACCAUCAGCUCGCCGCUUGACCAGUCCGGUUAUAUAGGAGAGCAGUCUCUGAUGUCUUUCUCUUCAUCGGCUCCUAGGUGUGCAAUGGCAGAUACUGGCUCUUUCCCAGAGCACAUCCAUAAUGAGAUAUUGAGAGUUACUGGUGCUGUGUCCCUACCAUCUCCAUCCAAAGUUCAGGUCUUCGCCGACACGUAUUUCCAACAUCUUUACCACAUUGCACCUGUCAUUGAUAGAGCCGAUUUGGCUGCUGAAGGAGCUUCUAUUUUACUGCAGCAGGUAAUCUGUUUGAUUGGUUCCCAACUGCGAUACCCAAGGGACCACCAAUCACCCACGCCUUUGAGCGAAUCGUGUUAUCUCAAAAUCAAGACCCUGAUCUAUACGAAACAGGAGCAUGAUAACCUCGCCUUGUUGAAGACUCUUUGUAUCCUAUGCUUCUGGAUUGUAACCCCACCCAUGGUAGUGACCCUAGAUUCCUCCUACCACUGGCUUGGUGUCGCCGUGCGACUUGCAUACCAGAUGGGUCUUCAUCGAGAAUCGAGAUAUUCGAAAUUCUCCAACCCAGGGGUUGCCCGCCGAAUCAUGUGGUUCCUCUUUGUCGUAGACAAGCUGCAAGCGGCAGCUUUUGGACGUCCUGCCUUCCUUCUGUCCCAGAACAUGGACCUGCGCCCCUUGGAUCUUGAAGAUUUCGAGGCCGCAGAUACGUCAGCAGAGAUAUUCAUUGCACACACGAAGCUGAAUAUGGUCCUCGAAAGGAUUGUCGAGUUCCAAGAUCGGAAUGCAGGGAUAUGCCCAGAAAAAGUUUCAGGGAUUCUCAACGAUUUGGAGCAAUGGCUUGCGCACCUUCCAAGUAGUCUGCGCCUUCACGAUCGAUCUGGUUGCAAAUUGUAUCGACGAGGCAUCAGUGAAAUGCACAUCCACUACUUUACGUGCAUUAUAUUAGUUUUCCAUCUAUACGGACAGACUAUUCACCCUUAUAUGGCCCCCAUUUCAUCUCUAGUGGCAUCGUCCUGCAUGGCGUGCCUGUACCAGGAAAUCGACGACCACGACGAAACGAACUACCUCACCCCAGUCCAUAACUGGUCACUGAUGGUAGGGUGUAUUCCACAGAUUCACCGGAUCAUGAUGUUUCCCGAAGAUCAAGAUCUGUGCAAUACAGAUUUAGAUACCUUUGUAACUGCACUGAAAUGUAUGAGUCUAAAAUGGCCACCUGCCAACAACAUCUUGACGACCAUCGACCGCCUGCGUACAGCCAAGUUCGACCCGAAAACUCACCCAUCCGAGACACAGCAGAAAGAAGAUUCACUACCAACCUCUUAUGAGGCCCCCGCUCCAAUCUUGACAAGCCUGUUCCCUUUCCCCAAGGACAUGUGCCCUAGGAUGGCACUGGUGUACUCGGAUUCAGGGGCAAGUAGCACCAUUAUAGAAAACGCCGUGGCCCCGGCUGCGAAGUACACCAUGGACUGGAUCUUCGACGAAUUUGAUCUGGAUCAUCUGAAUUUGCCUUUUGUUGGCUGAGAUCAUGACUAGGCGAUACAGGUUGUUAAUCGCGGUCCGAUGGGGCAUAGCACGAGAGAUUCUUUUGUAUCGAAUCCGAUGUUCAAGUUGUAUAUAAACGGUCAUUUUGUUAUUCGAGACACGUCAGCAUGGCCCAUGCGGGGAAGUACCUAAUAUGAAAUAUGAAG